AUGAGCAUCGCAGCCAAUCUGAUCCGACCAGUCGUCAUCUGCGGCCCGUCUGGAACGGGCAAGAGCACCCUCUUGAAGAAGCUCUUUGUCGAGUUCCCCGACCGCUUUGGGUUCAGCGUCUCCCAUACCACGCGCGCGCCGCGACCAGGCGAGGAGAACGGCACCUCGUACCACUUUGUCACACGCGAGCAAUUCCUCGACCUCGUCAAGGCGGACGGCUUCAUCGAGCAUGCCGAGUUCAGCGGGAACAUGUACGGCACGAGUGUCAAGGCGGUGGAGGAUGUCAAGAAGGGCGGCAAGAUGUGCAUCUUGGACAUUGAUACCCAGGGCGUCAAGCUCAUCAAGAAGAACCACCCCUACCUGAACCCGCUCUACGUCUUCAUCUCGCCUCCCUCGCUCUCCUCCCUCAAGACCCGCCUAACCGGGCGCGGCACCGAAUCCGAGCAGUCCAUGUCCGCACGACUCGCAGCAGCAGUUGGCGAGCUCGACUACGCCAAGAGCGGCGCGUUCGAUGUCGUCGUUGUCAACGACGACCUCGAGCGGGCGUACAACGUGUUGAAGCAGGUUAUCAUCGAGGGAAAGACGGAGGCGGGAGACAAGCUGCCUGAUUUCGAGGACAAGUAG